AUAAGCCCAAACAACUGUUUGAAGGAGAAAAUAUGCGAUAGGAGUAUUGAAAAUCCCUAAUCCAAUUCUCUGAUAUUUUUUCCCCUUCAACUUAGAGAGACGCUAAAUCCUGGAGAAACCAAUCUCUUUCACAGGGUUGGUUUUGAUUUUGUGAAUGUUAACGUCUCUUUGGUUGCUUAGAAACUGCUGGAACAUCAAAUUUGUCACUCCGCAAUCUGAAUUUUGGAGUUCAUUAGCUUCUGAAGUAUAUUUUUUUUUCUAUGGUUGCUUUUUAUUUUGUUAAUAUUAACGUUUGUUUGGUUGCAAAAAAAAUUGCUGGAACGUCAAAUUCAUUGAUCGUGAAGCAACGAUCCCCGCACUCCCCAUGGUUAUUGAUUUCUUAUGAACUUUUCCAAUUGAAGCUAGAAGUUUAAUUAUUGGAGACAGAAGUUUAGAAGAAGGUCAAAUCAGUAGAAGAUGGCUGGAGAAAGGAGAGUGCACCCAGAUUGUAUAAAUGCAUCUAAUCCUUACCAUGAGUGUGUUGAAUAUUGCUUCAGUAAAAUUGCUGAAGCUAAGGCGCAAAUGAGUAAAACAGAAACAGAAGUUGUGCAAGAUAAACGUGGAAAUUAUGAGUCCACUGCACUUGCUUCUGAGCAAGAUGAGGAGGAAAAAUCAGUUUUUGAAGAAAAGUCUGAUGAUGACGACAAUCACCCAGUCCAGGAAAAUGUGGAAGGAGAUGGUACACAACUUACAGGGAGGCAGAAAAAAUUGUUUGAGUUGAGGCUGAAGAUGAAUGAGGCUAGAAAAGCCAAUCAAACAGCUAUGGUAGCUGAAAAGAAAAAAAUGGAAGCUGUGCCAGAAUCAAGGGGUAUUUCUAAACAAAAAUGGCUUGAAGAUAGGAAGAAAAAAAUUGGAAAACUUCUAGAUGCAAAUGGUUUGGAUAUGAAAGAAGCAUAUAUGCUAGAUACACAAGAGGCAGCUGAGGCAAAAUAUAAAAAGUGGGAAAAAGAUCCUGCUCCAUUUGGUUGGGAUGUUUUCAAUCAGAAGACAUUGUAUGAUGCAUAUAAAAAGCGGUCAAAGAACGUCGAGGUUGAUCUAGAGGAUUAUAACAAAAUUAAAGAAGCUGAUCCUGAGUUCUACCGUGAAGCUUCAAGUCUCCAAUAUGGAAAGGCACCUAAGUUAUCUGAGGACAAGGUUGAGAGGAUGGUGAAGGAACUCAAGGACCAGGAGGAGAAACGCAAGUCAUUUAGCCGAAGGAGAAGGUUUCGUGAAGAGAAGGAUAUUGACUCGAUUAAUGACCGUAAUGAGCAUUUCAAUAAGAAGAUUGAACGAGCAUUUGGUAAAUACACGCUGGAGAUUAAGAACAAUCUUGAGCGAGGAACUGCUUUGCCUGACUAAGCAUCAUGUUUGUACAAACUGACUGUAAAAUCCGAGGGUGGAAACCCGCAGUAAGUGGGCAUCUUUGCUCGAGCAUCAUCAAGCACGGAUAUGGUGAAAUUCACUUCCGGAUGCAAUAUAAUUUUUUUUCUUUUAAUUUGGCCGUCUUUUGAGAACUGUACAAGUGGAAGAUAUUGUUGUUAAGGUUUUAACUCACACAAGCAACUAAACUCUAGUGUAAUUUGAUUGGCUUUGUAUGUUUAGCAGGAAGUUUUUACCUA